UUAAUUCUUUGAUAACAACGAUGACAUAGACUUUGGUAGGAGUGACAGAUAGGAGCGGGAGUUAGAAAUUACUGUUGUGUCUGAUGUGAUAGUGUUAAUACGCAAUUUUGGUAAUAUGCAAAAAGCUUCGAGAUUAAAACGAGAGCUUGAAUUGAUGGUGAAGAGUCCACCAUCCGGAAUUUCAUGUACACUUAAGGAUGAUAACUUUAAUGUGCUCGACGCAAGCAUUGUUGGUUUGGAAGGAACAGCUUAUGAGGCGGGAGUUUUUAAAUUAGAAAUUCAGAUACCUGAAAAAUAUCCAUUUGAACCACCCCAAGUGAAGUUCCUAACACCCAUUUAUCAUCCAAAUAUUGAUUCUGGUGGUCGAAUAUGUCUGGACCUGUUGAAAGUUGGGAAAUGGAAAGCUACCAUUACAUUAUCAUACCUUCUGAUGAGCAUACGACUUCUAUUGGCUGAGCCAAAUCCUAGUGACCCUCUUGUGGCAGAAAUUGCUGAAGAAUUUUUAUUCAACAGACCAUUGUUUGAUAAGACAGCAAGAGAAUGGACCAAACAACACGCCUGCUUGAACUUGGAAAUGGCUUCGGAGAAUGCAAAAGUGAGUCAUUCAUGUGGUGUGCGGAGUGAACCAACGAAAAGAAAAUCUUGGCAAAUGGAAGAUCUUACCCAGGAGCCUAAUGCAUCAAAAUGUUUGAAAACCGAUUGAAUUGUGUGUGUGUGUGUGUGUGUGUGUGUGUGUGUGUGUGUGUGUGUGUGUGUGUGUGAGAGAGAGAGAGAGAGAGAUAAUGGAUAUACUUCAUAACAGAAAAAUCUUGUUGUAAAUUGUGUUCUUUUUAUUCUUGAUUCCUGCCUUCAUAGUGCAUGAUACAGUCUUGCAUAGAUUUGCAUAAUUUUCAUUAGUUGUGCUCAUGCAGUGCGGAACAAGUCUUGAACAAUAGUAAAUCAAGAGGCUGUAAAUAAAUUUCAUGACAGUUACUAUUGUGAAAAGGUCUCUCCCAUUGAAAAUUUCUCAAUUGCAAAUCAUAUAGCAACAAAUAAAACAUUACUAUUUACUGUUGCAAGAUCCUUUGUACAUGAGGGCUAUUUGGAAAGUAAGUUCUGUUAAUUUAUAUCAAAAGAAACACUAGUACAUCAAGAAGUUUUUCUUGUUAUAAACAAUUAUAUUAGCUACAGCUAUUUUUAUACUAAUUGACUUCUACAUUAAGGCUCUUGUUAUACUUAGGAAAAGUUUUGUUGUAGAAUUCUGCUGCCUGUGAGCUAAUAAAUCAGCACUGUACACAUGAUCGAACAAUUUCCAAUUGAAAUGUUAAGCAACAUUUGUGUUCAUGCAGCAGUAUCUGGUCUAGCUUUAUCUUACACAAAUAAGACGACAGAGCUCAACAUCCCACCCCCUUCAUUUUUGCAUGGCUCUUUUGGCCUUUUUAGUGUUUCACUGUAAAUUUCGAGUUAUUGUGGUCCUCUUUCCAUAAAAUCAACUAAAACUACUUAUUUUGUGUCCCAAAAAUAGUUGUCGUCAGUGCUUGUGCGAAAAAUGUUUGGCGGCUCUUUGAAGGUUUGCGUGAUGAGCUAGUGUGUCCUCAGUACAUUGAUUUUUUCCCCCAUCUUGACGAGUGCAAUCCAUUUUUCAUCCCCUGGCUGUAGUGUGACUCAGGAAUUUGUCUCUUCCUGCAUCAUACCAUAUCAGAAACGUUAAUGCGACAGCAAACCACUUCAUGAUAAUGACAUCAUGCUCAACAGUCAGUCACAAGUUUGCACAACAUUGUCUAUGAUACCUGAGGGAGACUGAUUGAUAAUUGUGUAAUCAUGAACUGAUUGUGUACUGAGCAUUGAAACAAAUCCAUUUGUCACAAUGGAUAUUCAUCCAUUUUUUUCAACCUACCCGAAACAAAUGACACCACUUUCUUACAGCACUCUCUCUCGUAAUGUUUUCUCUGUAUAAUGCACAAAGUUCACUAUAAAUGUGUAGCGUUUUCGUUAUUUUUAUACACAGAAAAAGGAUUACAUAAUUUAAUUCACAGGUGACAGGAUAGUGUACGAUAGUGACCUGUUUAAUAUACACUUACAGUGCAAACAGCAGUUCAAUAAUCUUUCUUUAGCACAGUUAGAUUUACACUGAGUUGGGCAACACAGCUGUGCCGAAAUUACUCUGCAAUCCCCCUCCAUUAUGUACCAGACAGCAUUGGAACUAACUUUCUGAAUAGCCCUCUUAUAUAUUAUUUGGCAGUUAAACCAUUAUGUGUGCAUUACAUCAUCCAAUUCUUCACAUAUUGAGAGAGAGAGAGAGAGAGAGAGAGAGAGAGAGAGAGAGAGAGAGAGAAUGUAAAAUAUUAGAAAUAGAAAGCUUCCAGGCCUGAGAUUGGAGGUAUAAUUUUGAAAAUGUAGUCUUAAUGCGUCAUGUAUGUUGUAGGAAUAUUAAGACUCCUACCAUUGACAUAAAUGUACUGUUUGUUGGUGCCUUAAGUUUUCUGUGUUUUGCAUAAAUCACUCCAGAUCUAUUGGCAUGAAUUGUUAGACAAGAUCAUGUACAUAUCUUUUUCUGAUUCUUACAGACUUUCUUCUGGUUUUUUUAACACUUAACUACCACUAGCAGUGAAACAACAUUACAAAAAAUAAGUAAUUUAGAAAUGUCAUAAAGGGAGUUGUACAUAUUUUGUACACUUUCUUCAGUAUUGAUUAUAAGAGUUGUGCAAAUAAUGUGUUUUUAGAAAGAAAUAAUUUUUGCUAUCUAUAAUAUUACCAACAUUUUUUCUUUUUUUCUGCAAGUUUGUUUAAUUUGAAGAAAUAAUCCAUGAAAGGCAGGUGUCCAGGUUUACGUUUUAGUCCAGUGUACAGUUAUUCGGCACAGUGAAUGUUUUGGUAGAAUUGAGAUAUUUCAAUCAAAAUAAAUCUACUUUCUCUCUGCCAUCACCCACUUAGUGCAGAAAAUUGCAAGAUGGAUGUUUACCCUGGUGGCAAUUGUGUUUAACAUGAUUUUUCUCUGCCUAAACAGUUCACAUAUCUACUCAGCUGAACAUUGCAUGUUAAGAUGUAUGUAGUAGCAGAUUUAUUUUAAAAUAGGUUCUAUUUUAGAGAUUACUGUGAUCAUUAUAGUUAUGCAGUUACACAUUUUGUUAAUGUAUGCCAGUUUGCUUUCAAAAUUUCACUGAACGUUGUUCAAGAAGAAAACGUAUUUUGGUAAUUCUGGAACUUGUUGUUUAAAACUGGGUUUGGUUAUUGUAGUAGAUGAACAAAUAAUUGAACAAGCAAUUGUGUUUAAAUAUCUAUGGCACAAUUGUAAAUUUCCCAUGUCAGUUGAUAUAGAGCUAAAAUUGGCCAGAUUCAUGCAUUUCUGAGGAACCACUCAAUGUUCAUCAAAACAUAACAUACAGAAAGAAGUAUUAAUUAAACUUUACAAAAUAGUGGCCUUUCCUUUUCUGCUGUGUGGUAGUGAACCCAACAUCUGGUCAAUUACAAUCAAUUGAAUCAUCAGAAAUGAAGUUUCUCUACUUUGUAGCUGGAUAUUCAUUUCUGAAUCAUAAAAAACACCAAUAUUAGACAGGAACUAAAUAGAUAUUGAACCCAUUACAUCUGUAACUGAAAAAAACAGAUUGAACUGGAAACACCAUAUGCAAUGUAUGUCUAAUAAUAGGAUAACUAUAGCUGCAACAUUGUAUAACCCAAAAGUAAAGAGAAAUAUUGGACAUCCCUUAGACAUUUGGUGUGAACAGGUCUGAGGCAGAACAGGCCAAAGGCAUAAUCCUUGAAAAUGAUGAUCCACAUUUCUGUGUUUCUGUAAAAUUCUUUUAUUAAUUGUGAUUGCCUGUGAAAGUGAAGACCACUUCUGAAGUUUCAGAGCUUUGGUGAUAAUCUGUUUUCAAUAAAUAUAAAGCUAACACUAUGUGAAUGAAAAAUUCAGGGUGGAAUAAAUAUGUAAUUGAAUA